CGCCCCGCACAGCCACGCGCCGGCAGGACGGGAGCGACUGUCACCGAGAGGCAGCGGCAGACGCGCGAUGGACCCAGUUUAGCAUGUGGACGCGCUUUGGGAGUGAACCCGCCCGGCCGAACGCACCGCUCCUGCGCGCACCUUUAUUAUAUUAUAUAUUAUAUUAUAUUCAUUGCCGCCCCCCCCCCAGCUCCAUUUAUUAGACGAGAAAUAUGGAAGUGUCCCUUAAAAGAAGAUACCUGGUAUCUGCUCAACUCUUCUGCAUUUGCGGGAUCAUGGCCAACGUCACGCAUGGAUACUUCAGAACACAGCGCAAGUUCGCAGAGGACAUCGACUGGUCCUACGCAGGAACUUUAAACCAAAAGAACUGGCAAAAGAAGUACCCAGCAUGCAACAAUGCCAGACAGUCCCCCAUCGACAUUGAGGAGGACUUCGUCCAGGUCAAAGUGGACUUCCAGAAGCUGAGGCUGGAGGGGUGGGAUAAGGCGACACCAGAAAACACAGUCAUUCGCAAUGACGGGAAGACAGUUGCCAUAAGCCUCAAUGGCCACUACCACGUGAGCGGAGGGGGGCUACGGUCUACCUUCCGAGUGGGAAAGAUCACGUUCCACUGGGGCAGGUGCAACGCUUCGUCUGAUGGCUCGGAGCACAGCCUCAGUGGCGUCAAGUUCCCCUUGGAGAUGCAGAUUUACUGUUACGAAGCUCACAAAUUCGACUCUAUCGAUGACGCAUUGAAAGAAGGCGGAAAGAUCACGGCGUUGGCUGUCCUGUUUGAGGCCGGUGCUGUGGACAACACCAACUACGGGGCAAUUAUCGACGGCGUGAACUCGGCGAGCAGAUACGGUAAGAGCGGUACUCUGAGACCCUUCUCCAUGCUGAGCCUCCUGCCCGAGAGCACGGAGAAAUACUACACGUACAACGGAUCCCUGACCACGCCGCCGUGCUCCGAGACCGUGGAGUGGAUCGUGUUCAGAAACACCGUGUCCAUCUCCGACGCUCAGCUGGAGGUCUUCUGCGAGGUGAUGACCAUGCAGCAGGCCGGCUACGUCAUGCUCACGGACUACCUGCAGAACAACUUCCGUCAGCAGCAGCAGCAGUUCGUGGGCCAGGUGUUCGGGUCCUACACGGGCACGGAGGAGCUCCACGCCGCGGCCUGCAGCUCGGAGCCGCAGAACGUCCAGGCGGAGCCCUACAACUACACGAGUGUGCUGGUGGUGUGGGAGCGCCCGCGGGCCGUGUACGACAUCAGCAUCGAGAGGUACGCCGUCACCUACCAGGAUCUGCGGGGGGCGCACCCGGCCCGGCUGGAGUACCUGACGGACGGCGACCAGGACGUGGGGGCGAUAAUUGCAGACCUCCUGGCUAACAGCAGCUACGUGGUGCAGGUGGUCGCCGUGUGCGUCAAUGGCCUGCGUGGCCGUGUCAGUGACCGGCUCAUCGUCGACAUGCCUCUGGACGACCCGGAGUCUGAUCCUGACCCCUUUCCAGAACCCCCUGAGAUGGGCGGCGACUUUAAGGUGACCCUCCCGCCGACGGCAUCGACGAAGGUGUUGGUGGUUUCGACCACCGCUCCAUCCGAGCAGCGAGGUCAAAGAACCCCGGACGCCCCCCCACAUCACAAAGAGACCACGGAGGAGACCCCCUGGCCUCGCUCGAGCCCGCGGCCCACGGCCUGGACGACCGGCAGGAGACCAUCCGUCAGCGGGACUGCCACGACCCCCCGAGGCCAGCCCCCUUCCGCUAAGGUUACGCCCACCUCCAAGGGUGGCGCGGCGGCCCCGGCGUCCACCUGUCCCCCCGAGCGCUCUGAGGUGUCCGCAGUGGGCGGAGCCAGCACCACCGCUGCCGCCGGGGAGCGCCCGGUGCCCGACGCAACUCCACUAGCUGAGUCCCUGCCCCCUGUGACCCCUGGCCCCGCCCUGGCGGAGGUCCCGCUGCGGCCUACGAGGCCUGACGGUCCUUUCACGUCCACUUCCACCGUCGGCGGUCCUUUCUCUCAGACCACGCAGCCAGCGUUCAACGGUGAGGCAGCCACCCCCCCCUUGUCUGUGUGUGACACACUGACCCCCGAGUUCCACGCUGGACCUGUCACCCGCUUGCAUGCUGUAGCUGUGUCAACCCCCUCCCCCGGUGAGAUGUCGGAGACCCUCCCCGAUUGGUCCUCUAGUGGUCAGGGCGCGUCUGACCAGACGUGGAACGUCAUCCGAGCGUCAAUGACGCUGCCGUCUGUUGAUGGUCCUUCCCUGCGACCCCUCUCCUCCGCACCAUCACCCCCCUCCGCUGCAGCGUCUGUCUGGGAGGCAGCCGGUGUCUCCAGCGGUGCUGGCGCUGGUGUCGAUGGUGAGGAUGGUGACGGGUUGUCGAGCUCGGCGUCUCUGGCCACCGGUGAUCUGCUACUCAUGUCUAGUCGCGCUUUACCCCUUCAAACUUUACCUCAUUCAUCUGCCGCUGCGCAGUUUGCGUUCUCCGCUUCUGCACAGGACCGAACUCGUCUCUACACGUCUCCGGGAACGCUCGCCUCGUCCCAAGUCCGCACCGCCUCGCUUUUCGACAGUGCGUUCGAACCUUCGGCUUCGUUUCCGGGCAUCGGUGCGGGAUCGCGCUGGUCUGCUGCUGAUGGUACCGAUCUCCACGGAGACCAGCGCAGCGGAGUUAGCUACACGGCGGAACCGUCGUCGGCACACGAUGAUCCUCGAUCCUCCGUCACCAGCCUGGGCGGCGGUCUCCGUUUGUACCCCUCGGCCGUUCCGACACCCACUGGUGUCUGGUUGUCGCGUGUCCACGGUUUGGACCUUACGAUGGACUCCGUUUCCAUCCUGCCGCCUUCUGGUGGCUCUGCUUACGCUCUGGCCGACGCUGUAGCCGAAGCAGGCCCCUCGUCCUCUGGCGGUGUGGCGGAGCUCCACGCGUCCCUGUCACUGAGCUCGACAACUCUCCUGGAUCACACCCCGAUGGGCCCCAGCGACUCUCUCCCAUCUGCCUACCCCCCUCUGGCCUCUCUGCCCAGAGCGCCCUUUGACCCUUUCACCGACGCGUACGUUUCGGUUUCAACCGCUGCUGCCAGCGAUCCCAGCAGCGUGUCGGUUUUCACUUUGCUCGCACCCUCUAACUUCCCCACCCCGCCCCCCGCCACCUCCUCGGACCUGAGCUCCAGCAGCCCGCUCUACCCGGGAGCACAGGUAGACGAUAGUGCUUCGGGGUCUUGUGCCUUUCACGAGGAGCCCUUGGACGUUCAUCCUGGAUGGGAGAGAAGGCACUCCGUGGACCCGUUUGAGUUCGACGCGUCUGCCGUGCCGCCCGACGCACCCGGGACGAGAGCUGAGGGAACGAAGGACAGAGCUGCCGCUGAUCACACGUCCUCAUUUUACCCCAAGAGCAUCAAGGAGACCGCGGUUUCCACGGAGGGGCAGCAGCACGUGGGCUCUAGCGCGUGGUCGCUGGGUGCCGGGUCAGAGGAGAGCGGGUCGGGACAGGGCCUUCUGGGAAGUCACCGUGAGAACGACACGGCUUUGGCCUUUGAUUCCGCGGGCAGGGAGGCGGAAGACACUCCGGAGCCAGAGGCCAGCAACAGCAGCCACGAGUCCCGCGUCGGCGUGGUGGGCCGUGGAGACGGAGAGCAGAGAGCCGUUGUGCCGCUGGCCGUGGUGUCCACCCUCACCUUCCUGUGUUUGCUGGUGCUGGUGGCCAUCCUCAUUUACUGGAGGAAGUGCUUUCAAACGGCUCACUUCUACAUAGAGGACAACGCGUCCCCAAGGGUCAUCUCCACGCCACCCACGCCCAUGCUUACGACCGCAGACGAUCACGAAGCUCUGUCUCUGAAGCAGUUUGUCAAGCAUGUGGCAGACCUGCACCAGAGCAACACCUUCUCGCAAGAGUUCGAGAUAUUAAAAGAGGGUUACCAGGAAGUACAGGCAUGCACGGUGGAUUUGGGAAUAACCUCGGAAAGCUCUGGCCAUUCGGACAACAAGAACAAGAACCGAUACGCCAACAUCUUAGCCUAUGAACACAGUCGGGUUCGACUCUCAACCAGUACUGACAAAGAUGGGAAGGGUGGAGACUACAUUAAUGCCAACUAUGUUGAUGGCUUUAACAAACCCAGAGCGUACAUUGCCACGCAGGGCCCGCUUAAGUGCAGCAUGGAGGACUUCUGGCGCAUGAUCUGGGAGCAGAACGUGGGAGUGAUCGUCAUGAUCACCAACCUGGUGGAGAAGGGCAGGAGGAAGUGUGACCAGUACUGGCCCUUGGAGAGCCAGGAAGAGUACGGCUGUUUCCUUGUGACCGUGAAGAGUACCAGCAUGCUGUCCUACUAUACCGUUAGAACAUUUGUCCUGAGAAACACCAAUGUCAAGAAGGGUUCUCAAAAGGGGCGGAGUCAUGAGCGAACAGUGGUGCAGUACCACUAUACCCAGUGGCCUGAUAUGGGUGUGCCGGAAUACACGCUGCCUGUGCUCUCCUUCGUGCGGAAGUCAUCUCAAGCCUGGACCAGUAACAUGGGCCCCACUGUUGUGCACUGCAGUGCUGGUGUUGGCAGAACGGGUACCUACAUCGUCCUCGACACCAUGUUACAGCAGAUUCGGCAGCAAGGGACCGUCAACGUGAUGGGUUUCCUCAAACACAUACGCACACAGAGGAACUACCUGGUACAGACCGAGGAGCAGUACGUGUUCAUCCACGAUGCUCUUGUUGAGGCCAUCCUGAGCAGAGACACAGAUAUGCCUUCCAGCCUCAUCCACAGCUAUGUGAAUGACCUCCUCACCCCCAGACCCUCUGGCACAACGCGCCUGGAGAAACAGUUCAAGUUGGUGACACAGUCUAACGCCAAGGAUGACGACUACACUACGGCCUUGAAACUGGGCAACAGAGAAAAGAAUAGAAGCACUUCUCUCAUACCUGUGGAGAGGUCCAAAGUAUGUCUGUCUACAGUGGCUGGAGAGCUUUCGGACUAUAUCAACGCGUCCUACAUUACGGGCUACAACCAGUGCAAUGAGUUUAUUGUGACACAAACCCCACUUCCCAGCACUAUCAAGGACUUCUGGAGGAUGAUCUGGGACCACAACACUCAGGUCAUUGUUUCGCUGCCAGACACUCAAGGCCUGGCUCAGGAAGAAGAACUGAAGUACUGGCCAAGCAAAGAGCAGCCAGUCAACUGCGAGACCUUCACCGUCUCCUUCACUGGGGAAGAUCAUAUGUGUCUGUCCAAUGAGGAGAUGCUGGUGGUGCAGGACUUCAUUCUGGAAGCCACACAGGAUGACUACGCUCUGGAGGUGAGGCAGUACCGCGCCCCCCGCUGGCCAAACCCAGACAGUCCCAUCAGCAGCACCUUUGAGCUGAUCAACAUCAUCAAAGAGGAGAGCAGCUGCAGGGAUGGCCCCAGAGUGGUGCUCGACCAGUUUGGUGGCAACACCGCAGCAACCUUCUGUGCCUUGACAACACUGGUGCACCAGCUUGAGAUGGAGAACUCCACAGAUGUCUAUCAGGUGGCCAAGAUGACAAACCUCAUGAGACCAGGUGUCUUCACUGAGAUUGAUCAGUAUCAGUUCCUUUACCAAGCGAUCCUGAGUCUGGUUGGGACGAAGGAGGACGAGAAAGCGCUCCAGUCCACAGAAAACAACGGCGCUGUUCUCGGCGGCUCCAGCAAUGGCACAGAGAGCCUGGAGUCCCUGGUGUGACCAUGGCAACGGCCACUUAAUCGCAGUACAUUCUGCAGGAGUCCCGCUAAUAUUUUCUUAAAGUGCUUUGCCUAUUUCCAUCAGUCCCUCUAUUUCCAGAUGAGUAUACAGUUUGACACAAAAUGAUCUCGCAAUGCGUGCCUUUCUAUAAUUCAUGUGGUACUUUUAACAGCUUUUAUAAAAUUUUAGUGUACACUAAUUAGUUUUUUGUUCAGCAUUAGGGUCCUUUUAAUGUUUGACUUAUUGCUUCCUCUAAAAUUUCCUAUUUAUUGGCACUCAAAAGGGAAUCACUUUUUUAAAAAAAAAAAAAAGUCUAUAUUUCAU